AUGUCCUUAAGGUUGAUCGUGCAUUUAGUUGUGGACUGCCCCGAGUGUGGGGAAACCUGCUCUUUUAUUACCGAAUAUUUCACAAUCCGUUUACUUAGCAGCCCAUCAUCUGACGGAAUGCUUAGUUGUGUCAUUUGGACAGGUGUUUGGGGAAAAUUGAAGAUAGGAGGAGGAAGGAAAUUAUUAGAACUUAGAGCACAGAAACAAAAAUUAUCUCGUCAAGUGCGUGAUAAAGAAGAAGAGUUGGAAAAUUCCUUGCAGAAAAUAGAUACAUUGCGUCAAGAUCUAAGGAAGGCUGACAAACUUCGUAGGGAGCUAGAGGCUCGAAUUGAAGAUGCAAAAUCUGAUAUAGCUAAAGAAAGAAGAAUGAAAGAAAGAAGUGAUGAAUAUGCUCGUCAUUUAGAAGAAGAAAUGGAAUCAUUAAAACAGCGUCAUGUUGGUUGGGGUACCAGCCCAGCACAAUUAGAAGCAACUCAAGAAAUAAAUAGGCUUAAAUUAGAAAUUGAGAGUGUAGAACUUCAACAUAAAGAAAUUUUAACUCAACAACAAUCACGUUAUAAUGCUGAAAUGACAAAUUUAUUGGAUCAGUUACAAGAAACAGAAUGCACAAAAGAGACACUGGAAAAAGAGAUUAUGACACUGAAAGAAAAAAUAGAACAAACAAGAACAGACAGGUAA